AGUUAAUUCAACAUCAGCUGUUGUUUUUAUUCUUUCAUAACCUGCUUCCUCGAUAUUGAAUUUGAAAUUGCUUGCGAUUGAAACUAAUUGAAAUGAUGUCUUUAAAAACCGUAAUAUCUACGUCCGGAAAUGGGUGCCUACAAGCUAUACGUCAUUAUGGAAAACACAACAAGAAAUUCUUGUAUAAGGAUGGCCAAAGAUGUGGAAAUAUUAUUUACUAUCCCCGCACUCCUGACCACCAAGACCCACCCGUAGAACCAGCUAAACUAUUCCGAGUACAACGCAUUAAGCCUGUAAAGGGCAAUCCUUAUUGGGAAAAGAGGCUACUGAAAGAAUUGGGAUUAGAUGGAAAGCAAGGCGAUUUUACUGUCGUGAAAAAUAUUCCCGAAAACAAUGCUCGGCUUUGGAAGAUAAAGCAUUUGAUUCAAGUAACGCCAAUUACAUUUCCUCACGGUGAACCCACUGAAAACGAUAUUAAACAUACAUGGCUUAAAGAAAACGGCGAAUGUAUUGUGACAAAGGAAAUCGGUCCAGUGGAAGACAGAAUAAAAUCUUUGGAAUCUUUUGAAAAGGAUCCCAAACGCCUGGACACGGAUUUGCUUAAAAGAGACUCACGAAUGAAAUGGCAAAAUCCGUGGUAGAAAAAUUAAGAGGUUUAUUAAUAUCUCGACUUGUUAACAACGUUAUAAAAAUGAAACAUUAUAAAUAGAAAAGCAAUAAAAUUCACAUAAUAUGCUUAAAAAAAAAA